UGGUGCAGCUGUCGCUUCUGCUUAAACUUGCCUGCGCCAUAAAAGUCAUAUCGCUAAUCCUCUCGGUGUCGUCUGCAGGUCAUAAAACCGAAGUGAUCCGAAUUGUAAGUUGACCAACUAUUUGCGUAUAAAAGACGCUGCCCGAGCUUCAGUUGUCACAUUCGUCCUGUGAUUUUGGCACGGCCUACAACUUACUUAAUCUGUGAAUUUGUGAACUCAAAUAUGAAAAUGAUGCGCGGUACUGAUGUAAGCAAACUGGUGAAGUCACUGAAGAGCACCUACAACCACGAGGAGAUCGCCCAGAUACUCGAGUGCGAUGUGGAUAGUGUGCGCAUCUGUAUGAAGGCCGAUGAACCGAAGAAUGACAAGGUUGGCAAGGUGCGACUGCGCACAAUGCCAAUGGAGCCAACUCGACGUGAAGUCGGACGACCCAAGGUGUUCGAGAACCGCAAACUGGUGGAGCAACUGCUCGCCGAGCAUCCACAGUACACAUCGAUUGAUGUGCAGCGUGAACUACUCAGUCGCCAUGGCAUCGAGGUCAGUCGUCGCACACUGCAGCGACGCAUCAGCGAAAUUAAAACAGCACAAUUUCAACUGAGGAAUGGCAGCUUGACUCCUGAGGUAAAACAGCGGCGUAUGGAAUGGGCACGUGCUCACGAGGAUUGGACGGUGCAGGAUUGGCGCAACAUCUUCAACAUGGAUGACUACAAAGUGCUCGAUGGCAAGACGCCCAAGGAAAUCUAUGUCGAUACUCUGGUGGGUCCAAUCUCUCCGGAUUGCAACGAUUUGAAUCUGCUUGAACUUCUGGUUGCCAUCAUUGAGCCAAAGAUCAAGACUCAGCCGGCAAAUGUCAGCGAGUUUCGUGCUGUGCUCUAUGAGAUUUGGCACAGCGAUGCUGAUAUGGUCAGCAAGAUGGAGCUCCUCUACGAAUCGAUGCCUUGGCGAGUAGCAACUGUCCUGCAAAAUGGCGGCGCUGAGACCGGAUUCUGCUAAAUCAGAUAAAUCCUAAUUAAAUUGUAAAACUAUUCUUAAUUUCAUAAUACAUUAAUUACUUAAAUAAAAUGAUA